AUGGGGAUUGCUAUGUCUCGUGUCUCUAAAGACGAGUAUGUCACUCUUUCCCUCGUUUCUAAGCUCUUCCGCUCCAUUGUUGCUUCCCCUCAGCUUUACGCCAGACGGUCUUCAUUAGGACGCACCGAAACUUGCAUCUAUGUACCCAUCCGUAAUGGUUCCACCUCGAACACCCGCUUGUAUACUCUCCUCCGUAGCAGCAAGUGUUUGGUCCCUAUCCCCUCGCUUCCUCCUCUGCCUUCCCCAGAUGUGGGAGGACUGGAGGAGGCUAGCUACGUAGUAGUGGGUUCAAGGAUAUUUGUCAUGGGUGGAUAUUACAAUAGAAAAUUCACAUCCGAUGUGUUAGUGAUCGACUGUGGAUCUAACACGGUGCGCCAUUUUUGCGUCAUGCCUAAGGCGGUCAAUGAUUCGGUCGCUAACGUCAUCGAUGCAAAGAUAUACGUAGUUGGAGGUCAUUACCGGGAUACCGAAAACGGUUCGUGGUCAUCAAACAGGAUGAUGGUGUUAGACACGGAAACACAAACGUGGGAAUGCGGUGAGGAGAACUAA